UAUUGCUACAUUAAAGGGUUAUGCUAUCACCAAGGAACAAUGAAUCCUAUGAUUGACUGUGAAACUUGUGAACCAUCGCAAUCGCCAACCUCCUGGUCUCUACAGGGACAAGGCGGUUGUAUUAUACCCCCAAGUACCACCUGCUUGACCGACGGCACCAUAAAUGCUGCAGAUGACUGCCAAGUCUGUGACGUCACCAAGUCUACCAUCGCCUGGAGCGAUAUCCGGAUUCCUCUGACUAAUGGUCAAGCAAUGACAUGUGAAAAUCUAUGCGUCUUCGUUACGACUUUCAUUGGGCCAACCUUGCCCUUCCUCUGCUCCUCCCCAGCUGCGUUCACAAACCAGAAUCUUAUGGAUAUGUGCAGAGUGGACGAUUUAAGCGCUCUCCCACAAGAUGUUUGUCAUGGGAACGAAAACACUAUUCAGAGGUGGGAGGCCAUGUGUCAGUAUUCCAACGCCAUAAGCGCCUCGAAUGACCCUAUCGUCUGCCCGCCGUAACCAUGGCAACAGCUUUCUUUCCGCAGUCUCCUCUACAUCAUCGCCACUUUGGAGUCUUGUUACUUAAUUUCAGCAUUCUUUCUUUUUACAUUAUCCGAAAAUUAAUCUGUACAAAAUUCUAACCAUGAAUAAAUACA